UUGCAUCUCUAGUCCUCCAUAUUUAGAUAAACUACAGAUCGAACCCAUUUCUCCUUCUUUUGUUUUAGUCUCCCUCCGCGUAGAAGAAGCUUCUCCGAGACUUGUCUCUGAUUUGAUUGAAGAAGACGCUUCAUCGAAAAUUCUCUUAGAUUUCUAUCAGGGCUUUAAAGAAGGUGAGAUUACAUAGAGAUCGUGUUCAAAAAAAAUGGGGAGUCCAAAGAAGAACGAGAACAAAGGCUUCUUCGCCGCCAUGACUUCUGGCUUCUCCAUGUUUGGUAGUGCCAUGUCGAGAUCUGUCAACGGGUUGCAAGGUAAUGAAGGAGUUGAGGUUAUAAAUCCAGAAGGUGGCAAAGAAGAUGCAGAAGAGGAAGCUCAGAAAGGACGGUGGAAGGACGAGGAACGAGAUAGUUACUGGAAGAUGAUGCAGAAAUAUAUAGGUUCGGAUAUUACGUCAAUGGUUACUCUUCCUGUUGUUAUAUUUGAACCUAUGACUAUGCUCCAGAAGAUGGCGGAGAUAAUGGAGUAUUCUCACUUGUUGGAUCAAGCAGAUGAAUGCGAGGAUCCAUACAUGCGUUUAGUAUAUGCUUCAUCAUGGGCUGUAUCUGUUUACUUUGCCUUCCAACGAACUUGGAAGCCUUUCAAUCCUAUUCUUGGUGAGACAUAUGAGAUGGUCAACCACGGUGGGAUUUCAUUUAUUUCUGAGCAGGUCAGCCAUCAUCCCCCAAUGAGUGCUGGUCAUGCCGAGAACGAGCACUUCAUUUACGACAUCACAUCAAAGUUGAAAACUAAACUUUUGGGUAACUCUGUUGAUGUUUACCCUGUUGGAAGAACGCGUGUAACCCUCAAAAAAGAUGGUGUGGUUCUGGAUUUGGUGCCGCCUCUCACUAAGAUUCACAAUUUAAUAUUUGGACGAACCUGGGUUGACUCACCCGGGGAAAUGGUCAUGACAAAUUUAACCACUGGAGACAAAGUUGUACUCUAUUUCCAGCCAUGUGGCUGGUUCGGUUCUGGCCGCUAUGAAGUUGAUGGCUACGUUUACAGCGCAGCUGAAGAACCGAAAAUCAUGAUGACAGGAAAAUGGAAUGAGAAAAUGAGCUACCAACCUUGUGAUGCCGAAGGGGAACCCCUACCAGGCACAGAGCUGAAAGAGGUGUGGCAUUUGGCUGAUGUCCCCAAAAACGACAAAUUUCAGUACACUCACUUUGCUCACAAGAUAAACAGCUUCGACACAGCGCCUGCUAAGCUCUUGGCUUCAGACUCACGUAUCCGUCCUGAUAGAUAUGCCCUUGAGCAGGGUGACCUUUCUAAAGCUGGUGCCGAGAAGCACAGCCUUGAGGAGAGGCAAAGGGCUGAAAAGAGGACCCGAGAGACAAAGGGACAAAAGUUCACUCCAAGAUGGUUCGAUCUAACGGAUGAGAUCACACCUACUCCAUGGGGAGAUAUUGAAGUAUACCAAUACAACGGGAAGUACACAGAACACCGAGAGACAUCAGAGAGCUCAAGCAGCGCCUCCAAUGAAACGGACCUAAAAUCUAUAGAGUUUAAUCCUUGGCAAUAUGGUAAUAUAUCAACCGAAUGAGGUAACUCUUAUAGUUUAAUGCUGCUGUGAUUCAUGGACUCUUGAAAGUGAGUUCCAUGUUGUUUAUUCCAGGGUGAAAAAUCUGAUUAUGUAGUUUGAGUGAUAAAAACAUAAGAUUGUGUUUCUGUCUCGUUGUUCUUUGUUCCAUUUCGAUCAAAAGUAGCUAUGUUUGUUAUGUUGUGAAUCUUGUGAUCUUUAUAUAAUUAUUGAUUGAAGUAUUCGUCCUACAACAUAAAUGUGAUUCAAUUUC